AUGAAGGCUCCGCAAGCUCUUAAAGAUGUCCAAAGACUUAAUGGUAAAUUGGCAGCUCUUCAUCGUUUUUUAUCAAAAUCAGCAGACCGGUCUCUUCCUUUCUUUCAAACAUUAAAAGGUUGCCUAGAAAAACAACACUUCAAGUGGACAGAGGAGGCUCAAAAAGCAUUUAUAGAGUUAAAAGAGUACCUUUGUCAACUACCAACAAUGACAGCCCCUACACCGGGCGAAACCUUGCAAAUGUACCUUGCAGCAUCAAAAACAAGAUAUCCAGAAAUCGAGAAAUUAACUUUAGCUCUGAUUCAUGUUGCCCGAAGCCUACGCCGGUAUUUCCAGGCACACCCAAUUCAAGUGUUAACAGAUAAACCAAUAAAGCAAGUAUUAACCAGGCCGGAGGUUUCAGGGAGAUUAGCAAAAUGGGCAGUGGAAUUAGGGGAGCAUGAAAUAAAAUUCAAACCAAGAAAUUCAAUCAAAGGACAAAUAUUAGCAGAUUUCCUUGCGGAGGUUCCGACUGCUGAAACUAAGAACAAAAGAAAAGCUGAAACUGUGGUAAAGGAUGAACAACCGGAGUUGCCGGAGAAUGGCACAAUGUGGAAACUUUUUACCGACGGAGCCUCCAGCGCAGAUGGCUCCGGAGCAGGACUUAUUUUAACAAGCCCAGAAGGACAAGAAUUUACUUACGCUCUACGCUUUGAAUUUAAAGCCUCCAACAAUGUCGCAGAGUACGAAGCAUUAUUAGCAGGAUUACGAAUCGCAGUGCAAAUGAAGGUAGAACACAUUCACGCCUGCGUAGAUUCUCAGAUAGUGGCAUUCCAAGUAGACGGAACGUACGAAGCAAAAGAGCCUGCGAUGAAAAAAUACUUGGAGAAGGUAAGGCAGAUAAGGCAAAAAUUCAAAACCUUCCGAAUACAGAAUGUAAGCAGGAGCCGGAACAAGAUAGCAGACCCCCUGAGCAAGCUGGCUUCCACUUCUUUUGCUCAUUUAACUAAAGAAGUCCUUGUGGAGACGCUAAAAAGAAGCUCUAUUGAUGAAGAACUGGUUGUCGCACCCAUUGAAAAAGAAAGGCAAAAUUGGAUGACUCCAAUCAUUGAAUAUGUGACAAGUGGGCUUUUACCAGCAGACAAGGAGGAAGCCAGAAAGAUCAGAAUCAAAGCUCCACAGUACACUCUCCUAGAGGAAGGCCUCUACAGGAAAUCAUACCUGGGACCAUUGUUGAGGUGUGUAGGCCCAAAUCAGGCAAAAGCAAUCAUUCAAGAAAUUCAUCAAGGAUGCUGCGGAUCUCACGCCGGCCCAAGGAUGGUGGUGGCUAAAAUCACCAAAAUGGGGUAUUAUUGGCCAUCUAUGUACAAAGAUACUGUGAAUGAAAUUCAACCUUGCUCCGGGAAAAUUAAAGUUUUGGUCAUAGUUGUUGACUACUUUACGAAAUGGGUUGAGGCUAAACCCCUAGCCACAAUCUCAGGAAAACAAAUAGAAAAAUUUGUAUGGGAACAAGUCGUAACAAGAUUCGAAAUCCCACAAGUGAUUGUAAGUGACAAUGGAAAACAAUUCAGUCAAGGAAUCUUCCCCCAGUUUUGCAAAAAUUUAGAGAUUCAACAGAGCUUCACGUCCGUAGCCCAUCCUCAAGCUAAUGGACAAGUCGAAGCAAUGAACAAACAACUUGUACACGGAAUCAAAACAAGACUGGGAAGGUGUCAAAGUGGAUGGUUAGAUGAACUUCAUCAAGUUUUAUGGGCAUCAAGAACAACUCCAAAAACAAGCAAUGGAGAGACUCCCUUCAACCUGGUGUACGGCUCCGAAGCUAUGAUACCAGCAGAGGCAUGCAUACCAACCCUCCGCAGGUUUAAUGACGAAGAUGAAAAUGAAGAUCAACUCCGCCAAAAUCUGAAUCUAUUGGAAGAAAGAAGGGAGGUCGCCUUCAUCAAAGAAGCAGCCUACAAGGCACAAGUCAAGAAAUACUAUGACCAAAGGGUUAACAAAGAAACUUUCUUGCCUGGAAGUUAUGUUUUUCGAAACAAUGAUGCAAGCAAAGCGGAAAAAGUUGGAAAGCUUGGACCCCAAUGGGAAGGUCCGUAUCAGAUCAUAGAAGCUUGCGGCAAUGGAUCCUACAAGUUGGCCACACUUCAAGGAGAGAAUCUCCCAAGAACAUGGAAUGGGUCGCAACUAAAAAAGUGUUAUGUAUAA